UUUGACUGGCAUGGUACAUGCAUGAACCAGUGUGAAAUACCUGCUAAUUACGUUGCUUAUUCCGAUUGGGCGCUGUUUGCAUUUAAACGAGCUUACUCUGACUGUUGACACUGAAAAUGCUGCCAUUGUUUUUGAAGGUAUCGGUUAAUUAUUGCGUUUUUACACGUCUGCCGGCAUAUAGCUAGUCAUAUUUGAUCAUUCCCUUUGAUUUGAUCAGCUUUUCUGCUAAAUUGGUCUAUUUUUGUAUUAUUUUGCAUCAUUAUUUUUAAGGAGUUUAAGAUUGACAUGGCUAUAACAUUCUAUAUUGUUUUUGUUGGAGUGGGCGGGUUUUGGUGAAGUUUCGGGCUGGUUAUCGUCCAUCAACCUGGCAACACUGGUUACAUUCUGAGGAGCAUUCUGCGGGGAUAUUUUCAAGAGGAAUACCUUCAGCUGCAAAAAGUCUUUACAAAAUGUCUGGAGAGGACAAUGCCACAGACUAUGAUUAUAUCAUUAGAGAACUUAAAAUCACACAAUCAAGAAAUGUAUCAGAAAAUGCAACCACGCAUUACCAACAAGAGAUGAGGAUGACUUACUUAAUUACAUAUUCUAUUGUCCUCAUCCUCGGUGUCACCCUCAACUUCAUCGUCAUUGUCAUGAGCUGCCUGAAAAACAAGAAUUCUCCAACGGUUGCCACUUGGAUUAUGGCAUUGGCUGGAACACACUUAGUCUCCAGUGCAUCUAUUGUUUUUCAGAUGCUGUAUGCUUACAAUAACUUUGAAUGGAAUUAUGGAAGUGCAAGCUGCAAGCUGUCAUCCUAUAUCAUCUACGGCAGUAUGUUCUCCACGGCAGCCAUGCUGAGUUUCUGGAGCAUUAGUUUUACUUUUUCAAAAAUCAAGUGCACAAAAAAUUGCAAGAAUUGUACCAUCAUUCUGAUUUCACUCUCCUGGACCAUUGGAGCAGUCUUGGCAUGUCCUUCGCUGUUUUCCAGAGAGGUUAGAGAUUCUAAGUGCAUUGAUGAUUAUGACUUGGACAAAUUGAAAACAACUCAAGACGGCAUUACAAGGCUGAAGGCAGUUGUUGUCAUGCGAUUUCUCAUCGGGGUUCUCGUGCCAGCUUUGAUAAUGUUUCUCACCUGUUUGACAUCAGCUAAUAGAACCUGUAAAGACUGCAAGAAGCAGGCACAGAUCAUCUGUGCUAUAAAGAUAGUCUACUUUGUGUUCUGGUGCCCUCAGAUUGUCUUAACCAUGAUUCAAGCCACUGUAAACGACAGCCUGAGUACAAACAUGUUGAAUUACGGACUUCCUGCAGUUACUAUACUGGCCACAAGCCACUCUUUUACCAACCCCAUAAUCUAUCUGUUAUUGGGAUGCAGCAUUAAAAUGAACUGGAUGGCGCAUGACCCAGAUCAGUGCAGAAUGGCAGGUGAUCAGGGAAUAACACUGUUGCCUCAGACCAAGAAAGGCCACAGUUCAAAUCCCAAAUGAACCAGGAGGUCUGUCUGUGUGGAGUUUUUCCAUAAGUGAAUUGGAGACACUAAAUUGUCUGUAAAGUGAAUAAUAGUGAGAUAGGCUCCAGCAUUAAAGUGCAUACUUUACAUUGCUAGAGUAAGCAUUGCUGCCAAAACACUAUUAACACACUAUGUCUUGUUGUAUAUGAAUAUCAACCUUAUAUAGAGGACCAUUUUUAUUGAUGGUGUGUUGUUAUAUUUUUGCUGUGUUGUCAUAAUAACUGUGAUGUUUCAUUUAUUGUAAAUUUAAUAAUGUGUAAGUAUAUGUUUGUAGGUCUACUUAUGGUUCCACUAGAAUAAAGCACAAAUUGGUAUGUUU